GGUGAGGUGCCCGCCGCCCGCCCCCAGCCCCAGCCCGGCCGCGCGGCGAGGGAGAGCCCGGCCCACGAUGAACAAGCUGCCCUUCCACAACAACCGAGUCAUGCAGGACCGCCGCAGCGUGUGCAUCUUCCUCCCCAACGACGACUCCCUCAACAUCAUCAUCAACGUGAAGAUCUUGUGCCACGAGCUGCUCGUGCAGGUGUGCGACCUCCUGAGGCUGAAGGACUGCCACCUCUUCGGGCUCAGCGUCAUCCAGAACAAUGAGCACGUGUACAUGGACCUGGCCCAGAAACUCUACAAGUACUGCCCCAAGGAGUGGAAGAAGGAGGCCAGCAAGGUCAGCGGUGAGGUGUUGCAUGGAGAGAUGACGGCACUAAGGCCACCUCUGUCCCCGGCGCAGGGGAUCGACCAGUUCGGCCCCCCCAUGAUCAUCCACUUCCGAGUGCAGUACUACGUGGAGAACGGCAGGCUGAUAAGCGACCGGACGGCGCGGUACUACUACUACUGGCACCUGCGGAAGCAGGUGCUGCACUCGCAGUGCGUGCUGCGCGAGGAGGCCUACUUCCUGCUCACCGCCUUCGCCCUGCAGGCCGACCUGGGCGACUUCAAGCGCAACAAGCACUACGGGAAGUACUUCGAGCCCGAAGCCUAUUUCCCCGCCUGGGUGGUGGCCAAGAGGGGCCGGGACUACAUCCUGAAGCAUGUCCCCAACAUGCACAAGGACCAGUUCGCUCUGACGGCCUCCGAGGCCCACCUCAAGUACAUCAAGGAGGCCGUGCGGCUGGACGACGUGGCCGUGCACUACUACAGGCUGUACAAGGACAAGAGGGAGGUGGAAGCCUCUCUGACGCUGGGGCUGACCACACGGGGCAUUCAGAUCUUCCAGAACCUCGACGAGGAAAAGCAGCUGCUCUACGACUUCCCCUGGACAAACGUGGGCAAACUGGUGUUCGUGGGCAAGAAGUUUGAGAUCCUUCCCGACGGGCUGCCCUCGGCCAGGAAGCUCAUCUACUACACGGGCUGCCCGCUGCGCUCCCGCCACCUCCUGCAGCUGCUCAGCAGCAGCCACCGGCUCUACAUGAACCUGCAGCCCGUGCUGCGGCAGGUCCGCAAGCUGGAGGAGAACGAGGAGAAGAAGCAGUACCGCGAGUCCUACAUCAGCGACACCCUGGACCUGGACAUGGAGCAGCUGGAGAAGCGCUCGCGGGCCAGCGGCAGCAGCGCCGGCAGCAUCCGGCACAAGCGCCUGUCGCGGCACUCCACCGCCAGCCACAGCAGCUCCCACACCUCGGGCAUCGAGGCCGACCCCAAACCCCGCGAGAUGGGGCCCGAGGACGCCGGCGUCCACCGCAAGCUGAAGACCUGCAGCUCCAUGACCAGCCACGGCAGCUCCCACACCUCCGGGGUGGAGAGCGGGGGCAAGGACCGCCUGGAGGAGGACUCCCAGGAUGACGAGAUAGAGAUGCUGGUGGACGACCCCCGGGAGCUGGAGCAGGCGGGCGAGCUGGCGCUGGAGGUGAGCCCCGACAUGUGCGUCUACAUCACCGAGGACAUGCUGCUGUCGCGCAAGUUCAACGGGCACUCAGGGCUGAUCGUAAAGGAGCUCAGCUCCUCCACCUCCAGCUCCUCGGAGACGGUGGUGAAGCUGCGGGGGCAGAGCACGGACUCCUUACCCCAGACGGCGUGCAGGAAACCCAAGACCUCGACGGACCGGCACAGCCUGAGCCUGGACGACAUCCGGCUCUACCAGAAGGACUUCUUGCAGCUGGCCGACCUGUGCCAGGACACGGCGCAGAGCUACACCUUCGGCUGCGGCCACGGCCUCGCCGAGGACGGCCUCUACUGCCACGGCUGCCUGGCCCAGCAGUGCAUCAACAUCCAGGAGGGCUUCCCCGUCAAACGAACCAGCAAAUACUUCUCGCUGGACCUCACCCACGACGAAGUCCCGGAGUUUGUCGUCUGAGCGCCGCGGGGCCAGGACUGGCUGCUGUCCCCCCACACACACACACACCGGGGUGUGGGGGGUCUCGGCCCCGCCGCCCCCCAGCGCCGCCUCCCCGGCCUCUCCCCGCCGCCGAGUGAGGCCGUGCUCGGGGGGGACGGCUCCGUGGAGGGGCAGGAGGGACGGAGACCGUGGGGCACGGCGGGGUGACGCCGGCGGUCCCCCCCCCGGCAGCCUUUUGCCUCUGGGAAUGGUUUGUGCGAAGCGCAAAGUCCUCUUUCGCCUCGGAGAAGCACAGCUCGCUUGGCCGGGCGGAAACCAGCCCGUAUUUCCUCAGUGCCUCGGGGCAAAUUUUGGUUUUCUCCCCUCCCGGCCCCUUCCCUUCACGCCGCCGCUGGCUCCUGCGGUGGCUCGGUGGCUGCGGCGAGAAGAUGCUGGAAAGGAAACACCGGAUUGCUGCGCCCAAGCCAAGCCAAAGAGAUGUAAAUCCCCUCCAGGCCAGUAUGGGAAGCGAGAAUGAAGCAAUAAGUAGCCGGGGAUGUCCGCGCUCGGGGAAGGGAGGGGAGGAAGGCGUUAGCAGGUUGCUGCCGAGGCAGCGCCUGAACCCAGAUCUUCCAAAAACGCGCUGGAGCUCGGUCCCGGUCCUGCUGGGGGACGCAGGGCGAGCAGGGGCUUCAGGCCUUCACGGAGCUUUAUUUAAAAAAAGAAAAAAAAAAAAAGAAACCAAAAAUACCGCACCCAAGAAAUCCCAAAGGAAAGGAGAAUGGAAAAGGAUAGGUCACCUGUAACGACACUGCAAUAAUGCUUCCCAACCUUUAAAUAUAUAGAAAUCACAUAUAUAAAUAUAUCAAAGUAUGUAUGUUUAUAUAUGUCUGGAUCUUAUAGACCCAUUUUCAGUUUAUUUCUGCGCUGAAAUGCCUUUUAUACAAAGGAUACGCCUUUCUUCAACAAAGCAUAUAGACAAUCAUUUUUUUUUUCCAAGCACUAAGGUGAGCAAAUAGACUUUCCUAGCGAGAAGCACGUGUAUGCAGCCACGGUGGGAGCGUGGCUUUUCCCGGCGUGGUCUCAGCUCUGUUUUAACAAGGCUUUUCGUGUGUCCUUCGGUCUUUUACGGUUCGAAAGGUUCUGCCAAAGGACGGUGGCGACGUGCUGGAAAAACGCAUGUGUUUUUUCUGAGCAUGUCCCCGGGAAGGUGUAACGCUGCCCGGCGGUACCAGAGGGGAAAGCAUCACGGCAGCACGUCCUCACAGCACAAUGCCUUCUCAGCCGGUAUUUUUGAUUAGAGUUCAGCCAUCGACAGCCAAAGUUUUACCCUAUUUUGAUAUUACCGCCUUUUUUUUUAACUGGAAACUUUUCUUA